UGCAGACACAGGAAUAUCUGCAAAAGCAAUACAGUAUAUGUCGCCAGAAAAGCAACUACGCUUCAACCACACUAUCUUUGUAUCAAACGCCGGCUGCCCAGGUUGACAUUCUAGGCCGCGUGCAUUGGACUACCCACGACUCGAGCCUCGCGGUCAACAUUUGCCGCGAAAAGUAAUCAGCCUACUCGAAAUAAACCUGCAACUUGUCCACUUUGGAGGUGGAGACACCUUUUUUAAAUGGCAAACAACGGGCAAGUUCAGGACUUCGUUCCCAUUUCUGAUUUACAUCCAAACACCACACACCCGAGAGUGGCUGGGGUCAUCAUUGGAAAAACUGAUGUCAAAAGCUUUCCAGACAGAAAAAAAAUUGGUUUAGACAGAUUCACCUUUGGCUUCACAAUCAAGGACUCCCCAGACUAUUUCAUUAAUGUCUCCUCGUGGGGCAACGAUAGAUACAUCAAUGGGCUCUCUAACAGCUUCAGCGUAGGAGACUGUGUUAUAAUAGAAAAUCCUUUAGUUGCUACAAAAGAUUCUGAAAAAGACGACAGAUUCUGCCCCUCCACUCCCAGUUUUUACAGGUUAAUGGUAAGCGAGGCACACUCCCAGCUGUCGAUAUGUGCAGACAUAGAGAUUAUGAACAGGCUGCUGCCUCUGCUACACCUUCCUGUGAAGGACUAUCGGGACUUCUACUCUCUGGGAGACAUCAUGGCCAAUGGACAGAGCCUGGACGGGAAUGUCAUUAACAUACUCGCUGUCGUUCGCUCAAUUUCAGACAUAAAGUAUUUCACCACGGCAGACGGGCGCAAGGGACAGAGGUUGGAAGUAAAACUCUUCGAUGACUCUGUCACAUCUUUUCCUUUAGUAUGCUGGGACAGGGAGGCCAUUCAACUGGUCCAGACCCUGAUACCAAGGGAAACAGUGCUUUUCAUAUCAGAUGCUAGGAUUGGUUAUGACGGCUUCCGGAACUGCAUGACAGCUACAGUCAAUUCUAAAACCAUCAUCACUGUUAACCCGGACACAAAGGAAGCCAGCCUUCUGUUCAACUAUGCCAGAGAGGUCUCUGAGUCUGGUGUGUUGGAUGAGGAUGACAGGCUUGGAGAUGUGCCUGUGGAGUCUAUCAGUGAUGUAUACACAGUGAGUCAGCUCAAACUCAAAGCCCAGGAGAAUUCGGAGGUGUUCUGUGGAAUCACAUACAGUUUCAUCUCCAGACUGGAUCUAGAUGGCUCUAUCACCAAAGUCAUCAAAAGCCGGUGUUCCAAAUGCAGGUACCAGGUGAACGAAGAGAGUCAGAGUUGCUCCAAUACAGCCUGCCCUGGGGUAGACCAUCCUCUGACGGUGACCACAGGGUUUGAUCUUCUGGUGGAUGUGACAGAUCACACAGGAACACUGCAGUCUUGCUCCCUAAAUGGCACUGUUGCAGAGAAGACGUUGGGCUGCUCUCACAAUGAGUUUGCCAAUUUAACAGAGGAUGAGCGAACCGCAAUAAAAUGGAAGUUUCUUUUAGAAAGAUGCAAAGUGUAUUUUAAGAUUACUCCAUCUUCCAAAUCCAGAAGUGGAAUGAGAUGCAGUGUCCUGGAGUGUUCCCUGGCUGACCCAGGAGAAGUGAAGCAGAACAUGUCUGCCCUGGGGUCGUCUUGUUCACCAGUCUUGUGAUUGAGUCAAGUGUGGCAAAUAGAAUGUUGAGCUCUUAUAAAUUAAUUCAUAUUUAUUUUAGUGUGAAUUUGUGUAAUUCAUGUGUUGAUAUGUAUAACAAUAUUUAAAAGUAUAGAUGUAAUUUCCUGGACAGAUCUAUGUAACAAAUGUUAGUAGCAUCUGUGGGUUGUGACGGUUAACAAAGAAUUUUGUUCUGGUAGCGGAUGUUCCAUCAAUUUCUCAGGCACAAUCUCUCAGGCACAUGAAUCUUUCAGGUUUCAGAAGUGGUGGGCAAAGCCUGAUGAAUGCAGAGAGGGGCCCUUGAGGCAGAUAAAAAUGGAAAUGAAUAUACUAUAUGUAGGACAUAAAGUAUACACAUUAUAUAAUCGUUAUUAUAAAUGGUAUUUUACUGCAACUGCCAACAACAGGCUUGGGGUCUGGGCUCAAACAUGGCCCAAGUAGCAAUGAACAAUGUUAAAGUAUAGAUAUUGUUAGAGGUAAAUGUCAUCUUUACUGCUCAUAAUAAAUGUCUUAAAUCAU